AUGAAAUACUACCUUCACCGGUAUGUCAACCCCGUGGAUGACGUCGUCAAUGAUGACUUUCGCAGCGUGCUACUCAUCAGCAGAGAUAGCACGGCUACCGGAAUGUCGCCGGCGAUGUGGGAUCUCGGAGCCUCCGUGAAGGUGACAGCCAACAUGGUUGAUCCUGACUGGAUCCCAACGCGCUUCAACUUCCUCCGGUCCAAACCGGGUGGCACCGGGCGAGAAUCCCAUACCGACUUUCCAAACGAGGAUUUGGCUAGUGCUCGAGCCAAGAGCCUACUGGGAUACCUGCUAGCGCUUGUAGCGCUCCAAGAAGGAACCAAGAUGCGCAUCUUCCCAGGGGGUGACCUGGUUCAUAAUGGGGUGUCGUUCGAGAAGCUUAACUACCGAGUGCACUGCUACCUCAGCUACAAGGCCGCACUCACGGCCCCUGAAAAUGUUCAAAACACCCUCCUCAAGCAUGUCACAUGCCAGUACUGCGGGGCAAAGGAUAAGGGCUCUCAGGUGAUCCGAAAUUAUCGAAAGAGAUGCAAGACCAACCCCCAGAACGAGCAGAACCGCAAGACGCUCAAGCUUCGAGAAGAUAAGGGAGAAGUUGAAUGCGAAUUGUGGCCUGGGAGAAUGUUCAAGCCCUCAUACAUCCGCUCACAUAAAGAAAAGAGCCCAUAG